CUUCCAAAUAUUUCUCUGCCGUAUAAUAUAGCGCCACUUCCAGGCAAUAAUAAUAACAACAACAACAAUGCCGAUGGACAAAGCAAUAACACUAAAAUGCCAACAGGAGUAUCAGCAAUAACAACAACAACAGCAAUAGCAACACCUUCAGAUACAUCAGCGGUCUUGGCACGCAAAUCACCACAACCCGUUUUUCCGUUGGGUGUGAAAAAGCAUCGAGCGCCUGCCCCACCACCACAAGCAGGUGUAGCCGCAGCAACGGUAUCUGUGAUAAGACAAUCGAGUUUCCUGUACGGUAGUGCGGGUGUAGGAGGCGCAUCAACGCAACAACAAAAAGCACAACAAUGGUAAAAUGGUAAAUGAAAUAGUGUAAUCGGGGGAGGCGUGGAGUGGAGUGAGCGUUGUAUAUUUUUGGCAAAUUGCUCAAAAUAAACAACCACAUUAAUUAAAUGAAUCAAUAAUUAAUAUUUAAAUAUAUACAUACAUAUGUGCAUAUGAAUGUGUGUAUGUGCAUGUUAUAUUUAAAAUUAUAUGUAUGUGUGUAUAUCCAAAUUUUGCUAAACACAUGCAAGUUCAAGGUUCUGGAGCACAGACGAGCGUGGAACAAUACAUAUACAUAUAUGUAUAAUAAAUUUGUAUGUAUGUGUGUAAGUCAAACACGCAUAAAUAUUUCAGUUACAGUGAGAUAUCGAUACAGAAAGUGUUUAGAAUGAGGAUUUUAAAUUAAAAAAAAAUUGCAAAAUAUUUAAAGGACAAAUGGGCGGUUGGUGCCGUCACUUUAGUCGCAUUCAAAUAAAAUACGUACAUACACAUAAUCCAUAGCAUACACACGUACAUACAUAUGUAUGUAAUUAUUUAUAUAUGUAUGUGCAUACCUACACAUAUGCGUAUGGAUGUGUUAAUAACAGUUUUCUGCAUCAUAUUCCAAUACAAAGACUCUCUUCUACACAUAAUGCCUUCAUAUUUGUAUUGAAAAUAUAUAAAAUAUAAAUUAAAUAAAUAAACUACUUAGAAAAUGUUUACUAAAUUAAAAUUGGUAGCUCAUUUGUUAAAAAACAAAAAAUACAAUUAAAUAAAAUUUAACUACAUAAAUUUUUGUAAAAUGUUGCUGUUUAGUUGUUUUUUAAAUCUCCUUAGCAUAACCUCAAACUACGAAUAUCAAUCAUAAGAAAAACUAAAAAAAUGUAAAUAAAUAUAAACUGAAUUAUCCUUUAUUUAGUGAAGAUCAAAAACAAAAAAAAACAAAGAUAAACAUAAAUUAAAUAUAAAAAUGUAUGAAUUUUCAUGAGUUGCGGAAUAACUUGAAACAAGUUACAUCAUACAUAUAAUAUUGAACAACAAUUUACGAACGCACUAUCUGAACUUAACGGUAUUUUUGAAUAUAGACUGCAAGGGCCUUGCUGCCCAAAUGUUAAAAUAUCAAAGCAUUAAUAUAAUAGUUACAUACGAAUACCUAAAAUACACACAAAAGCAAGCCACAUUCAUAAAUGCAUAAACGAUAUACAUAAAAUAUACAAUACAAAAUGUAAGCAUUUAGAAAUGUUGAAACUCACAAAACCGAAAAGUAAAAUAUCAUAUAAUUGACGGUAUUCACAUCGAGCACGUUUUUUGAAUCAGACGAUUGCGCAUGCAAUUUGCAAUUAACAGAUGCCAUGACAAGGAUUUUGAACUUAUUUCUUGUAAUUUGUCAAUUUCUAUUUUGCUAUUAAUCUCACAUUUCAUCAAUUAAUGACUUUACCCUUUAGCCAACCUAACGAGCUCGCCGUGAAUAAUCUAAAGUUAAUACUCAAUUUUGAUUAUUCCAAUCCUAAACAUACAUAUAUACACGCACAUACGCUUUGACAGAACGCUAUCGAAAUUCACCCCAUUCAUCUCUUUCAUUUUAGUUUACUUUAUUUUUUAUUGACUGCAUUUUUUUUUUUUCUAGGAAAUUUAUUGUUUUAUUUCUCAUUUAUUAUUAUUCAUUUAUAAAUAAAACUUAUUUUUAAAUUUUUUUGUAUGUUAUAAAUUUAUAUAAAUAAAAUUAUUUAUAAAUUUUAUAAACAAGGUUUAUUUUUAAGUUUUUUGGAAUUUUAUAAAUUUAUAUAAAUAAAAUUAUUUAUAAGUUUCAUAAAUAAAAUGUAUUUUAAAAUUUUUUGGAAUUUUAUAAAUUUCAUAUUACCGGAAUCCAGACACUCGCUCGUACCAGCCUUUCUUUGCUACUCUCAACAAGAAUAAACUUGCUGUUUUCGCAGGCUGGAAUUUUUGCUAUAGCUUUUUCUAGCCAUUCUCGGGAAAAAGCAUUGGAACAGUGCACCUUUACGAUGCCGUCCACCACGCUUUUCCCCUCGAACGUCGGCGCGUCUUUCGACUCACCGAUAGCUUUCCAAAGAUAGCUGUCGAGAUAGUCUUGUUGCCCUUUGGACAGUAGACCAUCUUGUUUGUCGGUAUGUAUCUCCACCGUCAUUGCCUUUGCUGCCAUUCUCGCGAAUGAUUCGCCAGACGUUGACGGAAGAGUGUCAUUCGACAUUUGAGGUCCCUUAGCCUCUGCCUUGUCAGGCAAAGGUUUGUCUGCCUUGGAUUGGGUCGAGGAUGCAGGCAUUUCCGAAUUCCGUCUCUCGACUUUCCUCUUUUUUGCCUUUCUCCUCUUCCCGGUCGUUGGCACAGACCCCGUUUCGUUUCCGGAAGAGCGCAGCGCUACAGAGGAAUCCUCUGUUCUGCCGCGCUUUCCCGUUUCCGUUACAGGUGUCGAAGUUGACGGAGCUUGAGUCCUUGCCUUAGCUAGUGCUUCAGCUUGCCUCGCCUUCUGUCUCCUUCGUUUGAUCUGCCUUGCGGUUAGACCAACACCUGCGUUCGAAUCUCCAAUAACUUCGGUCUUCUUACCGGUACUUACCUGAUUUGCACCAGGUUUAACCGUUGUAAAAGACUUACUCGGUACCAGAGAUCCGUCUGAGUCUACUGAGAGAUUGUCCGCCAUCUCCACAUCCUCCACAACUUGUUCAGUUGCUUCAGAUCGUUUCGACGGCGGUGUAUCACUCACACUCACUCGGCUCUCCAUUGUCAUAGCCAAUGUGCCAUGUUUCACCACUAGUAGUGCGCUUCCUCCGGAACCCUGGGUGUCAGUUCCGGUCAUAGGGGAAUGUGGGGUUCGGGCCUGCACAUCCGAUGCCCGAGCCGUCGAUUGCUCGACGGGAGGAUUUCCCAGAAGUGGGUUACCUCGUGCAGAGAGAUCCUUGUUGAGCCUCCACAUUGUAGGAAAAUGCAUUUUAUACCUCCUGCCAGGUUGUCGGUACGGUACUCUCCACAUAGUACUUAGGUGGCCACCAAUUCCGCCGUUCCGCGGUUGAGUGGAUACCCAAUUCCUAUAUGGAGCUGCCCUCUUAGUUCGUGGUAAGUUAAUCUCCAUAGAAUGGGGUUAACUCGCCACUUAAGCCUCAUCCCCGCGGCAAGGAGACCGACAUGACAAGGUUGUAUUAUAUUACUUUUACUUAUUUUUUCAAUUUAAAUUAUUUUAUUUUAGUUUAUUUACUUUUUCUAUUUUUUUAAAUUUUUCAAUUUUUCAUUUAAUUUUAUUUCGUCUUAUUUUAUUAUAUUUUCUAUUUACGCCAUUUUAAUUUAUUUCAUAUCAUUUUAAAUUUAGUUUUAUUUUACUUUUAUGAUAUUCUGUUUUAAUGUUUAUCUAUUUUUUAAGUUUCCAUUUCAUUUUACUUAACUGUUGAAAUCUGCUACUUCCAUUUACCAUGAACAUAUUUUUUGGAACUUUUUUAUUAAUAUAAUAAAUUCACAAAGUUCUUGUGUAUUUAUUUAAAAAAAUAACUAUGGAUGAGUGUAUACUGUACUUUCAUGAAUUUAGGCCCAAACAAUAAUCAUUUGUUAGUGCAUUUUUUAAAUAUUAAGUAUUUUAUUCGAAUUGAAAAAUUUAUAGUCAUAUGUUGUAUUUGUUAAAACACAAUA